AUGAGUGAUGCGGCAUCAGCCUCAGGCAAAAAGCAGAUUAUUCUGAAUGCCUUCGUUAUGAACACGCCUGGCCACCUGGCCCCAGGGCUAUGGAAACACCCCAGAAACAAGACCGACCAAUACAAAAAGCUAUCUUUCUGGACCGACCUGGCCCAACUGCUUGAUCAAGCUGGAUUUCAUGCAAUGUUCAUCGCAGAUACUCUUGGUGCAUACGACGUGUACAAGGGCCCAGCCAACUUUGUGCCGACACUGUCCUCAGGCGCGCAAUUCCCUGUCAACGACCCACUAUAUCUUGUCCCCGCCUUGUCAGCAGUGACGAAGAAUCUCAUAUUUGGAGUGACUGCCAGUUUGACGUACGAGAAGCCAUACGCACUCGCUCGUCGACUCUCGACGGUAGACCAUCUCAGUGAGGGCCGAGUAGCGUGGAACAUCGUCACUUCGUAUCUGGAUAGUGCGGCCCGGAACCACGGACUGAAUGAGCAGAUUCCUCAUGAUGAACGAUACGCCAUUGCAGAUGAGUACCUGGAGGUUCUGUACAAGCUCUGGGAAGGCAGUUUCCGCGAUGAUGCUGUGCUGGCCGAUCGACAGCUCGGAACAUACGUUUCCAGCGAUGGUGUGCGAGAAAUCAACCACAAAGGAAAAUAUUUCGAUGUACCCGGUCCUCAUUUCUGUGAACCUUCACCCCAGCGAACGCCAUUUCUUUUCCAGGCCGGUGUCUCGGAAGCAGGAAACAAAUUUGGCGGAGCCAAUGGCGAAGCCAUCUUUAUUGGUGGACAAACACCAGAGGGUACACGUGGCACCGUCGACAACAUUCGCAAUAUAGCCAAAGGGGCAGGCCGUGACCCGAAGCAUAUCAAAGUCAUCGUCGGAAUCAACGUCAUUGUCGCGGCCACAGAUGAAGAAGCACAAGCCAAGCGGGAGGGAUACCUGAAAUACGCCGAUGACGAAGGGGCUCUCGCGCUUUUUGGUGGGUGGACUGGGGUAGAUCUAGCAAAAUACUCAGAUGAUGAAGACUUCCGAUUCAGCGACUCUCCUCGCGUGCAAUCUGUCGUACGCAGAUGGUCAGAUACCGUCCCCGGUACCGAUAACCUGCCGUGGACGAAGCGCAGAAUAGUGGAGUACAUCAGCGUUGGUGGACUUCAAGCCAAGAUCGUCGGCAGUACCAAGACUGUGGCGGAUGAGCUGGAAAGAUGGGUGGAGAUCUCCGAUGUGGACGGGUUUAAUCUUGCGCAUAUCGUGAACCCUGGAACGUUUGAAGAUAUCAUUGAAUUCUUGUUGCCUGAGUUGCGACGCAGGGGCCUUUUCCGUGACAAGAUUGAGAAGGAGGGUGCCACGGCAAGGGAGGUUUUCAUUGGGACGAAGCGAUUGCCGGAAGAUCAUCCUGGGAGCAAAUAUAAGUGGCGGACUGGGGAGGAAAUCCCCAAAUACCAGGCCCAGUAG